AUCUGCCAUGUGUACUGCAAUAUAUAAUGCAAUGUAUAGUGUAAUGUGAUGCGUAAAGUGAUCAGCUUGCGGGCUGUACUACUAAUACUAAUGUAUGAGGUAUGUAUGUAUGUACAGGUGUAAUAGAUUCAACAAAUGCAGGGCUCCGCGAAACUUUGCUCUCAUCUUUUCAUUCUUCUUCAUGCUGUUUGGGGCUGUCUGUCUCUUCUGUCUGUCCUUCUCUCUUCAUUCUUCAUUCUUUUUCCGCAAACUCAAUAUUGACAAUAAAAAAAACAAUAUCAAGCCGAGGCACCAAAUAACGCCUUCAGACGUGGAUGGCUGCGACGACGCGUCGGGGCGUCACGAGCAAACUCGGACAAAAACUCCUCACAAGCUCCCAAUUCCCCAUUCCUUAUUCCCUUUUCGCCAUAUCCUCCCACGUAGCUGAAUUUCCCACCGAAAAGACUCCUUUCCGGGCCGAGGAGCGGCCCUAAUGGAACACAGGAGACCCAGAAAGAAACGCGGCAAAAAAACACACGCACAAGCUUCGUUUCUCCUUUCAUCCCAUCGUGACUAUUAUCGUCAAAUGGACGAGGAAAAGAAAGACCCAAUGAUAACACACAUCUUACAAGUCUCGUCCACAGCAAUAAACAAGAGG